AUGAAGUUUUUCUGCCAGGUCAUCACGACCCCUACGGCCGACACGCCCGGUACGGUCAUUGAGCUCAACUUCCCCGACAAACGAUACUUCUUCGGUCAGCUAUCGGAGGGAACCCAGCGGGCAUGUAACGAUCGCGCCAAAAAGAUCGGCUAUCUGACUGAUGUCUUCCUCACGGGCCGAACAGAAUGGAAAACAACUGGCGGCAUGAUUGGGAUGAUCUUGACCUUGGCGGAUGUGACUGCGAAUGCGGCCGCAGCGAGUGAGGAGCAUGCGCGAGCCAAGGCCGAAAAGGCUGCCACCCGGGCAAAGGAAGAGGCAAUCAGGAAAAAAGCCAAGGGUAAGGGCAAACUGUCUGCAGCGGAGCAGCAGCCCGAACCCCCGUCGAACACAGCGGAUCUCGUUCCAUUGACGGUGGGGACGAUGCUGUGCAAAGAGGUUUGA